GAUGGUGGAGCAUGUCGUCCACGUGUCCAAUUCCUACACCUCCUUCGAAUACAAGCCACUUUGUGGAAGUCUUCCCUGAUCCCUGCCCACAAGCUUUUCACCUGCAUGUCUCUCUUAAGCUAUCCCAGAGUAAACCGAGAACCCAGUCAGUACCGGCACCCUUGCUGGAGUGUCCCAUGCUGGGAAAGGCAAAACUCUUGUCUGAAUCUUCAUUUGCCGUCUACUGCAAGUCAAGGGAUGCAGAGUGCGUUUUCCAGUACAACAACCCGGACUUUCUACCAGGCCAUUUUCAAAAGGAGCUGCCACGGACAGCAGCAUGGAUUUUGGUGGGAGCCGGGUCGGCCGGAAAUCGGCAGCCUGCAGGUUCCAAGGGUGCCACAAAAGAGGGGUCGAACUAUGGACCGCCCCCAGCCCCCGCCCUUUUAGUCUUCCCAGCUGGCUCGGGGAACAAAGGGGGACCGGAGAGAGACUGGCGCUGCGUGCCUGGGGACAGACGCCUCUCGCUGGGAGUGCCGAGGAACUCCUCACCCAGCCGCGUGCGGGAAGAAACAGCACUGACAACCGCAAGCCGCUGUCGCCACUGCCCACAAAGGCCGGAAGUGCAGCCGGCGUCCGCGGCCAAAAGAGCCCUCUCUAGGACUUCGGAGGCCCGGCAUCUCGGUGGUUCCCUAGACUAGGAGACAACCCCCGCUCCCCGCCCCCCGACUCCCAAGGUCUUGUACCCUGCGACAGGGGCCUCAAAAUGAGUCAAAAGGGAGAAGAGCUUGGGGGCGGUGACUGUAAUCCCAGUCCUUUGGGAGGCUGAGGUGGGAGGAUCACUUGAGGCCAGGAGUUGGAGACCAGCCUGGGCAACAUACCGAGAGCCGGCCUCUACCAAGAA